AUGAGGCUUAUUUCGAGGAAAAGGCACGAUCCAACCAUUUCAUUGAAGGUCCAUGUCGUGAGCACUAGGAAGAUCGAUUUCUUCGAGAAAUUCAACUGCAAUCCCAUGUGUCUUGUUAGUACAAAUUUGUUUUACAAUAGAAAGACUGACAAAUUGAAAAGCUCUCAUACGAAUUGGAAUCAAAUAUUGAAAUUAAAAUUACCAGACGAUCCCACCUCCGACCUAUUACGAAUAAUUGUGUAUGACGUACUAUUUGGGGAUAGUCCAGCAUCUUCGGCUGCAUCCAGUAGGGCUGUCCUGACCGGUUCAGAUUUGGGACAACGACACCGCCAUCGAGACGUUUCAUACCUGUAUGUGGGAGAAGUGCAAUUAUCACUUUUGGAAUUAUUCAAGAAUAAAGAGACCCCACAUGCGUACAAUUUCCAUAUUCCAAAUAAGUGGUAUCGAUUGUAUGACUACAAGAGAAAUAAGAAUGUAAUUGGUGAGAUUCAGUUGGGUUUUACUCUUAUUUGUGAUUUGAAAAAACUCACUACCUAUGAGGGUUAUCGUUCUUGGGAACAUAAACUGUUAAAACAGAUUGCCCAGAAAAAAUCAAGAAGGAUGAGGGAGCAUUCGCCUACAUCAAAUUUCUCUAGUGAAAAUUUACUAUUAUCAUCAGAUUUCCAGAAUUUCAACAGUACUGACUCUAUCACAAAUGAGGAAUCCCCUACCAAUUUGGAGAUGGAAGAAGAAGAUGAAGAUGAUGCAGAUGAAGAUGAAGAUGAUGCAGAUGAAGAUGAAUACAUAGAUAGUUUAGAUAUUCUUUCAAAGGUUGCUCUUGAAAUGGAGGAUGAAGGUGACUUGGUUGACGAUGACAAUGGCGGUAGCGCUAUCGAUUUGAAGUCAUUGGUUACAGCACUAGAUGAAUACGACGUCAUGGAUGAUUCGAUAAUUGAAGGUGACACGCUUGAUAAGCUUUUGUCACUAGAUGAAGAUGACACAGUGGUACUUUCAUCAAAGAAUGAUCCACUAUUAGAAAAGGAGAAUACUAGACCGAUGGAGGAGGAUACAGGAUAUGCUGAGGAUGAUGAAUCAGACAGUGAUGAAGAAACGAGUCUAGAAAAUUUACCUGUAAAAUUGAGAGAAAAUAGUAUAUUGAGAGUCAAAAAACGAUCCAACAAAGCUUAUAGACAGAACAUUUCAAAUCAACUCUUGACAAAUUUCCAAGUUCAUAAGAAACAACAUGCAAUGGGUGUUGCAUUUGUAGAAUUUGUUUGCAUUUCCAACUUACCACUUAUGAAGAAAAAAGUGACCAAAAGAGGUUUUGAUAUGGAUCCAUUUAUUGUCGCUAUAUUUGGUAGAAGAGUGUUCAAGACCUCUACUAAAAAACACACUCUAGAUCCUUAUUUUAACGAAUCAAUUGCAUUUGAAGUUUAUCCUCAUGAGGCUAACUAUAACUUCCAUUUCAAAGUUAUAGACCAAGAUUCUAUUACGUUUAACGAUAAAAUUGCCAAUUAUAGUUUAUCUUGGCACGAUUUUUUACAAAAGCAAAAUGAUAAUCAUUCAUGGACUGAACUUAAUAUACCUUUAAACCUGUUGAUUCCAUCAAAAAAUAAAGUGUACAAACAGCCUAUUUUAACAAUCAAGACUCGAUUUAUUCCAUAUUCCAGUUUAAAAAAUUCAUUCUGGAAGCACGCAGUAAAGAUGAGAAUUGACAAAGAAAGCUUUGAUUUUGUCGAGGUUAUUCUAUUUCUCGAAAAGUUGGGUUCUUUUACUACUGAGGACACUUUGAAAAUUUUCAGCAAAUGUAAAAAGCUUCCCUGGUCAGGAGAUCACAUAACAAGGGACGAACUAAUUGAAAGUUUAGUAGCAUGGCCUAAAACCUCAGAAUUUAAAAACAUUUGGAGGUGUCCUCGAUGUUACAGAUCAAGAAAAAAUAGUAACAAUAGUACAAAAUCAAAAUUGAUGGUCGAAAAUGAUCUUAUCACUCAUUUCUCAAUAUGUAGCUUCUCUAGUUCAUUCAAGACUCUAAAGGCGUCCUAUGUUUCCUCAGAAUUUGCCUCUAAAAGGUGGUUCAGCAAAGUUCUCAUCAAGUUAACGUAUGGUCGAUAUGCAUUGGGCAAGAACAAUGCCAACAUUCUUGUUCAAGAUAGAGAAACUGGUAUUAUUAUUGAAGAAAAAAUCAGUGCACAUGUUAAAGUCGGUAUGAGAAUUCUUUAUAAUGGUAAAGGCCCUGAAACUAAGAAAUUUAAGAGAUUAUUGAAGGUGAUGUCUAUUCGACAAGGUAGAAAAUUUGAUAGUCCUUUAUCCGUAAAGCAAAUUGAACCAUUUAUCAAAUUCCAUUCAUUAGACACUUCGGAAUGUCUUGAAACUGAGUAUAAAUGUUUUAAUGAAUUUUUUUACAGGAAAUUGAAGCCAGGUAGUAGAACACCAGAAAGUCCAGAUCCUAGAGUACUUAUUUCACCUGCCGAUUCAAGGUGUACUACUUUUUCUAGUAUCCAGGAAUCAAAAGAAAUUUGGAUAAAAGGUACAAAAUUUAGCAUUGGUAGACUGACAAAUAAUUAUGAACAUAAAACUUUUAAUGAGUGGACUACAAGCGUCGCAGUAUUUAGACUGGCACCUCAAGACUAUCACAGAUUCCAUAGUCCAUGUGAUGGAGUCAUUGGUGAGCCCCAAUAUAUUGAUGGCGAGUACUACACCGUAAAUCCAAUGGCAGUUCGUAGUGAACUGGAUGUGUUUGGAGAAAAUAUUAGGGUAAUUAUUCCAAUUGAAACUGAAGAGUUCGGGCAAAUCUUAUUCAUACCAGUUGGUGCCAUGAUGGUGGGCUCCAUUAUUUUGACCUGUAAAAAGGGAGAUCGAAUUGAAAGAGGACAAGAACUUGGUUAUUUCAAAUUUGGUGGAUCUACCAUUAUUGUUGUAUUACAAAAAAGGAACUUAUAUUUUGAUUCUGACUUGGUCAAGAAUUCGAGCGAGCAAUUAGAAACAUUAGUAAAAGUUGGUAUGAGUAUUGGACAUGCACCAGAUAUACCAGAAUUGAAAAGAAGCGUGGAAAAACUUUCAAAUCCUGACCAAAUCAGAAAAGUUAAAGAGAGAAUUAGUAUUACAGAUGAAAAUGUUGAAAAAUUAAACGACAUGCCAUGGCAGUACAGGACAUUGAAGGAACAAAUCUAUGAUGAUCUUGGUGACGUCGAUGUAUCUGUCACUCAUGAUGAUACCCCAUUUUAA